CUAAGUUUGUCAAAACGGAAUGUUCCAAGUCACGUUAUGUUCGGAUCUAUUUAAUAAAUAUAUAAAGAAAAAUAACAUGUGGAACCAACCAAUAGUAAAACUGAUAUGGAGUAGAUCAAGGAGAUAAACAUGGGAGAACAUUUCUUACUUGUAAUUAUCCAACCACAUUAAAAGAACGUAGAGUUGUUUCCAAAGCAAGAACCAGUGAGAGAAGAAAAGAUGAUGGACGCAACGUCUGAAUCAGAAAGAACAAGCCUGGACCUAUCUAUCUCAUCACCAAAACAAGCUUACUACGUUGAGAGCCCAUCAAGCGUGUCCCAAGUAUACGAUGGUGACAAAUCAUCUUCCGCUGCUUCACUCAUUCAAGUUCAGACCCCAAACUACACCAUCCUCACCGAGUCACGUCUCUCUUCUUCAAGCCGCACCUCCAAUGGGACAAGCGGCGUGGGAUUCCGGUGGAAAGGGAGCUCCCGGAGGAGAGACAUGUAUUGGCUGGAGAGGCAUUACACGAUUGACGAAGAGGAAGUUUAUGAAGAUAACAGAGGAUUAUCGGUUGGACAAUGCAGAGCGGUUAUGGUAAUAUUGGGGAUUGUGGUUGUGUUCUCUGUUUUCUGCUCGGUUUUGUGGGGAGCUUCUCAUCCUUUCUCUCCUAUUGUCUCUGUCAAGAGCUUUAGCCUCCAUAGCUUUUAUUACGGAGAGGGGAUAGACAGAACAGGUGUUGCGACCAAGAUUCUUAGCUUUAACAGCUCUGUGAAAGUGACAAUAGACAGUCCUGCUCCUUACUUUGGCAUACAUGUCUCUUCUUCUUCUACCUUUAAUCUCACCUUCUCUGCUCUCACUCUCGCCACUGGUCAGCUUAAGAGUUAUUACCAACCAAGAAAGAGCAAGCACACAGCGAUUGUGAAGCUCAUUGGGUCCGAGGUUCCUCUGUAUGGAGCAGGACCAAACUUAGCGGCAUCCGACAAGAAGGGAAGAGUUCCAGUGAAGUUGGAGUUUGAGAUCAGAUCGCAAGGGAAUCUUUUGGGGAAGCUGGUGAAGUCGAAUCACUUGAACCACAUCUCCUGCUCUUUCUACAUCUCUUCCUCCAAAACCUCAAAACCCAUAGAAUUCACUCAUAAGACCUGUAAACACAUCACCAAGUGAAACACCUUCUCCACUUUGCAAAUAAGAA